CGUCUGUGGGGAGCCGGUGGACGGAUCUCGCUGCUCUCCGGACAAAUUGAUGAAGUUCUCAUCGGUCAGUUUUGAGGCCGGUCACUGGGGUUGAACGCAACCGACAAUUUCCCAUCGUUAGACCUGCGGUGAGAGAUUUAUUGGAAGAAAAGCCGACAGCUGGAAAGCCACGAAUGAGAACGAGGGAACAGCGACAAGUAAACCAGCCCGAGGACUGAGAGUACCAACUGAAGAGAACCCUCUGACUCAGAGUUUCCAUUGAUUCAGUCAGGAGAAAGUUUGAGCCUCACCAGCAGGUGGAGCUGUCCUGCAGCGCGGCAAAAGUGUAAACAAGACGACGACAAUCAACAAUCGUCAGUCAGGAUCAGAAUGGACAAAGGUGGGAUAUUGAAUCGAGCAGGAAAAGUAUUGAAGAGUAUUUUACCAGGCGGAUCAUCGAGGGAAGAUGAUCGGGACACGGGAAUCAAGGCACCAAAGCAGGGUCAGAUUGAGAGUGAUGUCCCAAUGGAAUGCGGUCCGGCGGCAAAUGUGGAGAAGAAAAUUCAGCCCAAAGACAGUGACGUCAGAGACACAGAUCAGGACCCUGGAACCGGCACAAGUGAGGCGACUGUCUGUCAGCCCAGAGACACCGAUCAGGACCCUGGUACCGGUACAAGGGAUGCAACUGCCUGUCAGCCUAGAGACAGUGACGUCAGAGACUCCGAUCAGGACCCUGGAACCGGCACAAGUGAGGCGACUGUCUGUCAGCCUAGAGACAGUGACGUCAGAGACACUGAUCCGAACCCUGGAACCGUCACAAGUGAGGCGACUGUCUGUCAGCUUGGAAGCCUAUUAAACUCAGAACUGUCAAGUCCCCAAGAAGGAUCGGAGCCAGAGUUUACAAUCUCUGACCUCCUGGCACAGGGGGAGGAAUAUCGACUGUACCAACUGACAAAGUUCUACAGGGACAGACUCAAACAAGCAAUUGAAGAAAAGGUUGAGAGACUCGGUUGGAUGUUGACAAAGAAGGGACAUUUCAGUAGAGAAGAAAAUGAGAAAGUCACUGAACUGACAGAGAAGGGAAACCGGGCAGAGAGUUCCAGACUCUUCCUCAGUCUGGUGAAUGGCAAAGGCUCCCGGGCCCGGAGGGCGAUGUGGAAAUCCUUUCUGAUGCGGAGGACUGAGUUACCGAAGUUGGACAGAAUACUGAGGGAAAUACAGGAACUCGGUCCUGAUCCACAGGAAUACUUCAACAUCGGCCAGGGUUUAUCUGAAUUACCCACACAGCUGAUAGAUGUUCAACAGAAACACAAGGAGACUCUGCGGACACGAACUGAAACACUGAGAGUGAACACGAUCCUGAUGACGGAGAAGGUGAAGGUUUUCCAGCUGGCUGAUCGAUACGUUGAGUUCACGGUCAUUUCUACUGUUCGAGAUCGGACACUGGUGGAACAUGAGCUGCUGGCAAGAGGCAGAGACCAUGAGGAUUAUAGAGAGAAACAACUCCGCAGACAGCUGGAAAAAAUCCGUACUGAUCAGUUAUUCCAGAGCAGCUUUUCCCGGAGUAAAUCCAAAUCUGGGAGUUCAGCAGCAGUGGCCGGAGUCCCGGGGAUCGGGAAAACAACGAUGGUACAAAAGAUUGUUAAUGACUGGGCCAUGGGAAAAAUAUAUCAACAGUUCCAGUUUGUCUUCAGUUUCAAAUUCAGAGAUUUAAACAUUAUUAACUGUCGAAUAAACCUGAAGGAACUGAUUCUGGAUCAGUAUCCUUACUUUGGGAAUAUCCUGAGAGAAGUCUUGAAGAACCCAAAGGGAUUACUGUUUAUAUUCGAUGGUUUAGAUGAAUUCAAACACAAAAUCGAUUUUGCGAACAGUCGGAGAGAUAGAGAACCCAAGCACCAGUGCCCAGAUCCCGAGUGGAGGUGUGAAGUGUCGGACAUUGUGUACAGUUUAAUCCAGGGCAAGCUGCUCCCAGGGUGUUCAGUGCUGGUGACCACUCGCCCCACUGCGUUACAUUUAUUGGAAAAGGCGAAUAUCAGUGUCCGGGCUGAAAUCCUGGGAUUUGUUGAUGAGGAACGGAAAGAAUAUUUCAUCAGACAUUUUGAAGAUCAGACGGUGGCCGAAGCUGUUUUCAAUUAUGUGAAGGAGAACGAGAUCCUCUACACCAUGAGCUACAACCCCUCCUACUGCUGGAUCCUCGCUCUGGCACUGGGCCCCUUCUUCACACAAAGAGUCAGGGACCCACAGCGAGUUCCCAAGACCAUCACCCAACUGUACUCCUACUAUAUUUACAACAUCCUGAAAAACCACGGCCGUGAGAUUGAGAACCCCCGUGAUGUGUUACUUAGGGUUGGUCAGAUGGCCUUCAGAGGAGUGUCCGAGAAGAAGAUUGUGUUUACAGAUGGAGAUUUGAUCAACUACAAUCUUCAGCCUUCCCAGUUCCUGUCCGUGUUCCUGAUGGAGCUUUUGGAGAGAGAGGAUUCUGCCUGGAGCGUGGUGUACACAUUCCCACACCUCACCAUCCAAGAGUUUGUAGCUGCAGUCGCACAAUUCCUGACUAUACAUCCCGGGGAAAUCCUGAAAUUCCUCACUGAUGCCCACAACACGACAGAUGGGCGAUUUGAGGUAUUUCUCCGUUUUAUUGCUGGUCUUUCCAACCCAAUGACAGCUCGGGGCCUGGAGGAGUUUCUGGGUCGAUUUCCUCAUCAAACAACCUGCCAGGUGAUUGACUGGGUGAGGGAGGAGGUUAAACGCCAGAGUGGAAACACGAGCAGUGAAGCUGGUAAAAGGAGGCUCCUGAACACAUUGCACUACCUGUUUGAGUCUCAGAAUCGUGGGCUGACUCAGGCCGCACUGGGAUCUGUGAAAACACUUUCAUUCCAUGGAAUGACGUUGAACCCGAUUGACUGCGCGGUCCUGUCUCAUGCCAUCGGACUCUGUGAUACAAUAAAACACCUCGACCUGGGGAACUGCCACAUUGAGUGUGAAGGAAUCCAGCGGAUGGGACCCGGGCUGCACAAGUGCCAGGAGUUGAGACUGAACGAUAAUAAACUGGGGGAUUCAGGAGUGAAACUGGUGUCUGCGGCUCUGGGGAACACGGAGUGUAAAAUACAGAAACUGCGGCUGGGGUAUGUCGGUCUCACAGAUUCUGGUUCCGAGGAUCUCGCCUCCGCUCUCAGUACAAACCCGUCACUGACGGAGCUGAACCUGAGUGGUAAUAAACUGGGAGAUUCAGGAGUGAAACUGGUGUCUGCGGCUCUGAGGAACUCGGAGUGUAAAAUACAGAAACUGCGGCUGGACAAAGUCGGUCUCACAGAUUCUGGGGCCGAGGAUCUCGUCUCCGCUCUCAGUACAAACACUUCACUGACGGAGCUGAGCCUGGGAUCAAACUCUCUGACAGACCGAUCUGUCCUCGCUCUCCGCCAGCUCAUACUGACCCACCGGAGUCUGGGGCGGAUCGGGCUGGGGGGGAAUCGGUUCAGUCGGACCGGGGGGAAGAAACUGAGAUCUCUAGCGGGAGCCAGACCCCGACUGAGAGUGUGGAUCUGAACAUCUGAAUGUGUGAACAUCCCCGCCAGCGGGAUGGGGAGAUUUGGCCGACUCCCCGCCCUCGUCUUUAACGGCCGCGCGCCGGGGCUGAUUCCCAACGGUUUUAACGGAACCGGCUCGGACCUCGCGCUGUGUACAUCGCUCGGAGCGGUCCCGCAGUGACGUGUUUCCGCCUGCUGUCCGGCAGGCAGCUUCCUUCGAGACUCCCACGUGACACCCCGGGGAAUUACCCAGACAGGAAGAGCCCGGGGGCCCGGGACUCAGUCUGGGGCACCGGUAUCGCGGGGUGGGGGGGGAUGAUCCCCUGAGAGAAUCCUUUUGCUCCCUUUGCUGAGGACGGUGCAUUCGGCAGCCUGGCCGAUAUAAUGAUGUUAAAUGGACAAAUCCCUCAGCAGUGACCCUGGAUCUGCAGCGAUCCCGGACACGGCCCUGAAGUGUGAUUUUAAAAUCAUCUGUUCCCCGAUGCAGGGUGACGGUGAGAAACGGGACUGAUUAUUCAAACUGUCAGUUCUUGUCGCCAGUCAGUUAUAUCGUUUUGAAGGUUUCUUAUUGCUGUGUUCACACAUAUGGAUAGUAAAAUUUGCCGUAAAUUACCAAAAAAUUGUGAUAAAGAAAGGAUUAUUUCUCUUAUAAUAAUUACAGCACGGAAACAGGCCAUCUCGGCCUUCUAGUCCUUGCCGAACGCUUACUCUCACCUAGUCCCACCGACCUGCACUCAGCCCAUAACCCUCCAUUCCUUUCCUGUCCACAUAUCUAUCCAAUUUUACUUUAAAUGACAAUUUCGAACUUGCCUAAACCACUUCUACUGGAAGCUCAUUCCACACAGCUGCCAUUCUCUGAGUAAAGAAAUUCCCCCACGAGAUACCCUUAAACUUUUGCCCUGCUAAGUCCCAAUUCAUGUCCUCUUGUUUGAAUCUCCCCUACUCUCAAUGAAAGAAGCCUGUCCACGUGAACUCUAUCUUUCCCCCUCGUAAUUUUAAAUGCCUCUACCAAGUCCCCCUCAACCUUCUACGCUCCAAAGAAUAAAGACCUAAUUUGUUCAACCUUUCUCUGUAACUUAGGUGCUGAAACCCAGGUGACAUUCUAGUAAAUCUCCUCGGUACUCUAUUUUGUUGACAUCUUUCCUAUAACUCGGUGACCAGAACUGUACACAAUUCUCCAAAUUCGGCCUCACCAAUGCCUUGUACAAUUUUACCAUUACAUCCCAACUCCUAUACUCAAUGCUCUGAUUUAUAAAGGCCAGCAGACCAAAAGCUUUCUUCACCACCCUAUCCACAUGAGAUUCCACCUUCAGGGAACUAUGCACCAUUAUUCCUAGAUCUCUCUGUUCCUCUGCAUUCCUCAAUGCACUUACACUGUUUGUCCUAUUUUGAUUAGUCCUACGAAAAUGUAGCAUCUCACAAUUAUGAGCAUUAAACUCCAUCUGCCCUCUUUCAGUCCAUUCUUCUAACUGGCCUAAAUCUCUCUGCAAGCUUUGAAAACCUACUUCAUUAUCCACAACGCCACCUACCUUAGUAUCAUCUGCAUAAGGAUUACUAUGAGAUUUGGUAUUAUUAGUAAACCCUAAUGAAAUGUUUUCAAAACAAAAAGUAAAAUCUAUAUUAAUGUAUUGAUCUAUAAAUUGACAAACAUCAACCCAAAAUGUUUUAGCACGUUCACAGUCCCAAAACAGAUGAAAUAAACCACAACCAGAAGUCAAUAGACAAUAGGUGCAGGAGUCGGCCAUUCGGCGCUUCGAGUCAGCACCGCCAUUCACUGUGAUCAUGGCUGUCCAUCCCCAAUGAGUACCACGUUCCUGCCUUCUCCCCAUAUGCCUGGGCUCCGCUAUCUCUAUCUAACUCUCUCUUGAAAGCAUCCAGAGACUUGGCCUCCACUACCUUCUGGGGCAGAGCAUUCCACAAAUCCACAACUCCCUGGGUGAAAAAGUUUUUCCUCAACUCCGUUCUAAAUGCCCCUCCCCUUAUUCUUAAACUGUGGCCUCCGGUUCUGGACUCCCCCAACAUCGGGAACAUGUUUCCUGCCUCUAGCGUGUCCAAACCCUUAAUAAUCUUAUAUGUUUCAAUCAGAUCCCCUCUCAUCCUUCUAAAUUCCAGUGUAUACAAGCCCAGUCGCUCCAAUCUUUCAACAUAUGACAGUCCCGCCAUUCCGGGAAUUAACCUCGUGAACCCACGCUGCAAUCCCUCAAUAGCAAAAAUGUCCUUCCUUAAAUAUGGCGACCAAAACUGCACACAAUACUCUAGGUGGGGUCUCACCAGCUGAAAAAGAACCUCUUUGCUCCUGUACUCAACUCCUCUUGUUAUGAAGGCCAGCAUGCCAUUAGCUUUCUUCACUGCCUGCUGUACCUGCAUGCUUACUGUCCGUGACUGAUGUACAAGGACACCUAGAUCUCUUUGUACUUCCCCUUUUCCUAACGACACCAUUCAGAUAGUAAUCUGCCUUCCUGUUCUUGCCACCAAAGUGGAUAACCUCACAUUUAUCCACAUUAAACUGCAUCUGCCAUAUAUUUGCCCACUCACCCAACCUGUCCAAGUCACUCUGCAUUCUCCUAACAUCCUCCUGACAUUUCACACUGCCACCCAGCUUUGUGACAUCUGCAAAUUUGCUAAUGUUACGAUUAACCCCUUCAUCUAAAUCAUUAAUGUAUAUCGUAAAUAGCUGCAGUCCCAGCACCGAACCUUGCGGUACCCCACUAGUCAUUUCAAAGGGAAUAGAAUAUAAAAGCGGACAGAUAACACUGAGCCUUUAUAAGACACAAGUCAGCCGCACUUGCAGUAUUGCCAACAGUUCUGGGCCCUGCAUCUCAGAAAGGAUGUGUUUUCUUUGGAGAGAGUCCAGAGGAGGUUUGCGAGGAUGAUUCCGGGAAGGAAGGGGUUAACAUAUCAGGAGCGUUUGGCAGCUUUAAGCCUGGACU